AUGGAUAUAGUUUUAUUUAAUAAAGUACCAUAAUUAUAGGCUGGUAGUACUCAUAAAACCAGUAAAACUGUCCAGCAAUUGGUGACAUUUUUUGCGGUUGGUGGAUAUUGUGUCAAAAGUACGAAUCACCCUCCAGGUUAAAUUACAGAUCAGAGUGAGGAGUAUUCAUUUCACAAUCGAUCACAAAAGGUCUAUUUAAUUCUAUUUUUAUCGAUUUCUGCGGUUUUUGAUUGAAUUUUUAGGGAAGGACAUAACUGUUCUGAAAAGGUACGUUUUGCAGUGUGUAAAGAACAACUGAUCUGUAUUUUAAAGCAGAUGCAUUAUUUGUCGAAUUGAGAUUGUAAGGUGUGCAUGCUAGACGUGCAUGCCUCGUGAGUGCACGCUAGCGUUUAAUACGCUAAAAUUAUGCGAUCAUGCGGAUCAGUCAAAUGCAAGGAGUGUUAGUUUGCUUACGAAAAUCGUGUUCAAUAUUGCUUUUAGCAUUUAUGCACUAGAAGUUUAUAACCACGAGUUUCAUGUAGCAAGCUGCAUGAUUGCAACAUAGCUAUGUUUACUCUUGUGUGACAUUUUAGUCAUACGAUCUUGUGCACACCAUUGGAUUGUGUCAGUGUUGUAACAACUUGGCAACUUUAUAUUACCCAGUAAAUUGAUUUAAAAUAAAUCGAACACAAUAAAUAUACACAGCUAUUAUCCCAUUAUUACAAAUUUACAUUAUUCCCCUUAUUCAUCCACACCAUCAUUGUGAUCACCGUGAUCAACCAUCACAAUCACCACCAUCAUUACUACCAUCAUUGUCACCACUGCCACAACCAUCGGUACCAUAAUCACUGCCAUCAUCAUUAUUCGGUAGCAACAUCAGUACCAUCAUCAGGACCAUCACUACCACCAUCAUCAUGCAAUGUAGUAUCAUCACUACCAUCAUGUCAUGUAGCAUCACCAUCAUCACGCCAUGUAGUAUCAUCACCACUAUCACUGCAGCAUCUUCACCACCAGUGUCCGACCAGCAUCAUAACCAUCACCAUAACUGUUAUCACCACAAUUAUCAUCACCACACCAUCAUCACCAGUACCCUAACCUCACCACCAUCAUCACAAACAUCACCGUGACUGUUAUCACCACAAAUACCAUCAUCACCAUAACCUCCUUUCACCAUUUGACCCUAGAUUCAAACCAUGGCCAACGUACAACCAGAAGAAAGACAUCCACGUGCCCAUCAGAAAUGGAACGGCUGGGGUUACCAAGACUCAAAGUUCCUCAUCAACUCUGAGGGCUUGGCUCAGUUCACCGGCGCUCGCUACCCUAUCAGUGGUCAGGUUUUCCCAAAACUUGUUGAUUGGUUUGUAAAUUAUUGCAAUGCAAACCUGGAGUUCAAAUCCCCUGCACAAAACAUACCAAACGAAGAUGAACUCCCAAAACCAACAAUUAAUCAAAAGUUUUUGUAUGGCCUUCAGAGUUCUGGAUUUGACCAUUCUCUUCAUGGCCAUGAACGGUAAAUUGUUUUUUUUAAUUUUUUACCUUAUGUAUACCCUAUUUCAAUUCUGACAUUGCUCCGGUUUCAUAAAAAUAGAACAAAAUUAAGACGACACUAUAUACAGAAACAUCUCAUUCUGAUCAAACGCAACAUGUUGUUUCUUUCACAAUAGUUUAUUCCGCAGUCACGGGCACACAUCCCAUGAAAUCUAUCUUCUACGUCACGGUGCAAUACCACGUAUACCAGAUAUAGUGGUCUGGCCACGGCACCAUAAGGAAGUCGAAGAAAUCGUAGCUUUAGCCAACGACUGUGGCGUCUGUGUGAUCCCAUUUGGUGGGGGAACCAGCGUAUCCAGUGCUCUGGAAUGCCCCAGCGGUGAACUGAGGAUGAUCGUCAGUUUGGAUAUGACGAAGAUGAAUAAGAUACUCUGGGUUGAUUAUGAGAACAUGACCAUGUGUGCCGAGGCAGGGAUCAUUGGCGAAGAUUUGGAAAGACAAGUAAUUGGAAUGGGUCAUUCCAGAAAACAUCCAUACCUCCACCAUGGCAGAAAUUGAACGUUAAGCCCCCCUACCCCCUUCAGUGUGGAUUCUUUCUGGAAUGACCCAAUGUUAUGGCUCUUUUUUUCUGCAGUAACAGAAACUAACUUUAUUAUUCAUUCAUUUGUUAUUUUCGUUUAGUUGCAUGAGAAAGGUGUCUGUGUGGGGCACGAGCCUGACUCGAUGGAGUUCUGUUCCCUCGGUGGAUGGGUGGCAACUAGGGCAUCUGGGAUGAAAAAGAACGUCUAUGGGAACAUCGAAGAUUUAUUGGUACACGUGAGGUUUGUCACCCCUCAAGGCACGAUGGAGAAGAGUUGUAUGGUACCACGCAUGUCAACUGGACCGGAUAUCCAUCAUGUUAUCAUGGGAUCGGAAGGUACACAAUAUGUUUGCUUCAGAUUAAUAGGAAUGCAAUUACCUGAAAAAUACAAGGAGAACUUCAACGUUUCGAGUGAAGGCACUUCUUCGGGAUGUUAAGGCAAUUUUCCAUUGCAGUCGCUUUGCUUGCGCGGGCGGAGGCAUGAAAAUCUGCUCUUUGCAAAUCUGCUCUUUGCAAUGAACGCUCCGCCCGCGCGGGCAAAGCGACUGCAAUGGAAAAUGGCCUUAAGUAACAAACUGUAGUCCGCUACUAAGUUCCCGAUGAAGCGCCUUCGCUCGAAACGUCGAAGUUCUCCUUGUAUUUUUCAGGUAGUUGUAUCCCUAUCAAUCCAAAGCUUUGUUAUCAUUCCCACUACCUACACUGGCACAGCCACACACAGUUAUAUAUUAGAGAGGUUAGAUACCCCGGUUUCGGUGUACGUGUAGCAUGAUUUUGGUUAGCAAAAUUUGCGUCGAUGUCUGUAUCUUUACUCGUAAUUUAGGUGCACAUUUUUCGCAUUAUAUCAUUGUCUAUUGCAAGAAAACAGAAAAAGUAUGAUCGAAUUGCAGACAUCAGUAAAACAAGAUGACACUACUCGUACCCGUACACCGAAACCGGGGUAUCGUAACCUCUCUAUUGUAGCCACCCCGCGCGUUUCUAAAGCUAAACGUGGUAUAUUCUCUUUUGGUGCUGUAGGUACCCUUGGUGUGGUCACCGAAGUAACAUUACGUAUUCAGCCGCUACCGGAAUGUAUAACCUACGGCUCUGUGGUCUUCCCGAAUUUCGAAUCUGGCGUGGAAUGCCUACGAGAGAUCGCAAAACUACGCUGCGCUCCGGCUUCGAUACGUCUUAUGGACAACCAACAGUUUAAAUUCGGUCAGACCCUAAAACCACAAUCUGGUUCAUUUUUUCAAUCACUUAUGGACGGAAUAAAAACCGUCUACGUUACUAGAUUCAAAGGAUUCGACCCGAACACGCUAUGCGUGGCUACCUUGCUGUUUCAAGGCACACGGGAAAGCGUCGAGAACCAGGAGAAGUUGGUUUAUGCUAUCGCGAAGAAACAUGGCGGGCUGUCAGCCGGAGCUGAAAAUGGGCGACGCGGUUACAUGCUGACGUUUGUAAUCGCUUAUCUCCGUGAUCUGGGCUUUGACUACAGUUUCAUCGCCGAAUCGUUUGAGACAUGCGUGCCAUGGGACAGAGUCGCCACCUUGUGUCGUAAUACCAAGGCUGCUAUAUAUAAGAAGUGUAAAGAUCUGGGAAUCCAGUAUAAGCCAUUGGUCACGUGCAGGGUGACUCAGACCUACGACACUGGUGCUUGUGUGUAUUUCUACUUUGGCUUCAAUUACCACGGACUGCCCGAUCCGUUAGCCUUGUACCAGGAAAUCGAAGACGGUGCCAGGGACGAAGUGUUAGCCAAUGGUGGCAGCCUCUCGCAUCAUCACGGCAUUGGCAAGUUAAGAAAGAAAUGGCUUCCGGCGACGGUCUCGACCGUUGGCGUCGAAGUCAUGCGAGGGAUUAAGAAAUCUUUGGAUCCUAACAAUACCUUUGGUAGCGGAAACUUAAUAUCGAAAUUAUAA